CUCCGUGGGAACCGCCGUUUCUUCGUCUCUUCUCUCCCCCCGGUCGACGCCAGUUUGCGCCAGGAACCCCUCGUCCGGCCUUCGGUCGUGGCAUCUAGGAAUCUGGUUUGCUGGCAAGGAUUGCGCCGUUCAUGGUAAGAUUCACGCUAGCUUCAAAUUUCUCGCAGUCCUCGAACCCCGCGGCCCUUCCGCUGCUCGCGCAAUCGAUGCCUACCACACCUCCACGGACCAUGCAGAGUUCACCGGGAUCGCGAUGCACUGCUGCUCACCCCGCAAUCCCCAGCACCUCUUGUUCGAUGAGUAUGGCGAUUUGUUGGUCGUCCUACAGGUAGAGUUGGUCCUUUUUUGUGUCGCAUCUCGAAGCAACAACGGGGGGCCGAGCAAACCGACACGACCGAGUGUCCAAAACACGAAUAGGGACCACAAGGCCCGCCAGCCCUUGCAGGAAACAUGGAUCGCCGAGGCCAGUAGAUGA